AUGGCCAAAUCGAAAUCCAUUUUAUGUAUCUUUUUUUCCUACUCUGUAGCCCCCACUGUUAUUACAUGUUUUACCAGAGGACUUGAUCUUAGAAAGGAUCAAGCAUAUGUCAUUUGUCCAGCAAACUGUCAUAUAUGGCAGUUCUACGUCUAUGGAAAUAUUGAGUAUGCCUCUGUCUCUAGUAUCUGUGGAGCUGCCAUUCACAGAGGUGUGAUCUCCACUUCUGGUGGGUCUGUAAGAGUGCAAAUGUUACCAGGCCAUGAGAACUACUCUGCAAUAUAUUCCAAUGGAAUCCAGUCCCAAGUCCUCUCUAGGUCGACAUCGUCAUUUUCAGUAGCUAGUGCUAAAAGCGGAGCCCUUGAAGCAGCUGGGCGUCCUAUUUCAACAGCACGGCCAUUUACAGGAAAACGACCUAAAAAAACUGUUGUGAAAAAGUCUGGAAACAAAGAUUGUAAAGCCGAUAUUGCUUUUCUGAUUGAUGGAAGCUACAAUAUUGGGCAGCGUAGAUUUAAUUUGCAGAAGAACUUUGUUGGGAAAGUAGCAGUGAUGUUGGGAAUUGGAACUGAAGGACCACAUGUGGGAGUAGUACAAGCCAGUGAUUAUCCAAAAACUGAAUUUUAUCUGAACAACUUCACUGCUUCAAAAGAUGUUUUAUUUGCCAUAAAAGAAAUAGCUUUCAAAGGAGGCAAUUCCAAUACAGGUAAAGCCUUGAAACACACAGCACAAAGAUUUUUUUCUGUUGAAAAUGGGGUACGCAAAGGCAUUCCUAAAAUCAUCAUAGUUUUCUUAGAUGGCUGGCCAUCAGAUAAUUUGGGAGAAGCUGGUAUAUUGGCCAGAGAAUUUGGUGUUAAUGUAUUCAUUGUGUCUAUUGCAAAGCCUACACCUGACGAACUGGGUAUGAUUCAAGAUCUAAAUUUUGUUGAAAAGGCAGUCUGUCAAAAUAAUGGAUUCUUUUCCUACAACAUACCAACUUGGUUUGGUACCACUAAGUAUGUGAAACCUCUUGUUCAAAAACUAUGCGCACAUGAACAAAUGUUAUGCAGCAAGACUUGCUAUAACUCCGUCAACAUAGCUUUCCUGAUAGACGGUUCUAGCAGUGUUGGUGACAAUAACUUCCGCCUCAUGCUUGAAUUUAUUGGUAAUGUUGUCAAAUCCUUUGAGAUCACAGAUAUUGGUGCCAAAAUUGCAGUUGUUCAGUUCACUUAUGAUCAGCGCACAGAGUUCAGCUUUACAGACUAUGUGACAAAGGAAAAGGUUCUUUCAGGGCUUCAAGAGAUCCGCUAUAUGAGUGGUGGCACUGCUACAGGAGACGCCAUUACUCAUGUAACCAGAAAUGUGUUUGCACCUGUGAGAGAUGGACCCAACAAAAAUUUCCUGGUAAUUUUGACUGAUGGUCAGUCCUAUGAUGAUAUCCGAGGGCCUGCAGCUGCUGCUCAUAAAGCAGGUAUCAGCAUAUUCUCUGUUGGCAUUGCUUGGGCUCCACUGGAAGAUUUAAAAGAUAUGGCAUCUGAACCUAAAGAAACACAUAUCUUCUUCACAAAGGAAUUUACUGGACUGGAGCAGAUUGUGCCUAAUAUUGUAAGAGCAAUUUGCAGAGAUUUUUUGGGAUUCAAACAAUGAACAAAAGUCUGAAGGCGCUGAUUCUAAGUACAUCUGCAAAACCAAAAUCUCUAGAGUAUAAGAUGUUCUGUUAUUCUAGCACACAGAGUUACGUGUUGGAUUGGCUUACAAAGGGCUUACUAUUGCACUGUCUUUAGGCAAAGCUUCAAUUAAAGUCAGUGUAUUAUUUUUGCCUGAAUAAAUAGUAGAGAAC